GGCGCCUUUCCCAACGGCGCCAAGGAGCCGAUCCGACAGGGGGUCCUGGCCCCGCCGAGACCCGGGAAUCUGCCCCCAGCCUGGCCGCGGCGCGGCGGCCCGCGGACAGUCUUCCGAACACGGGCUUGGUUGACUCGGAAGCACCCCUCUUUGACUCCACUCAGUCGAGUUAAGAGGGUUUCAAGAGCAGCGUUCAUCAGUUUCCAGCAUGGAGAUCUCCUCUCAUCAGUCUCACCUCCUGCAGCAGCUGAACGAGCAGCGCCGACAGGACGUGUUUUGUGACUGCAGUAUCCUGGUGGAAGGGAAGGUCUUCAAAGCCCAUCGGAACGUACUGUUUGCCAGCAGCGGCUACUUCAAAAUGCUGCUGUCUCAGAACUCCAAGGAGACGAGCCAGCCAACCACUGCCACCUUUCAGGCUUUCUCCCCGGACACUUUCACGGUCAUCCUGGACUUUGUCUACUCCGGCAGACUGUCUCUCACCGGGCAGAAUGUCAUCGAAGUGAUGUCAGCUGCCAGCUUCCUUCAGAUGACCGAUGUCAUUAGUGUGUGCAAGACGUUCAUUAAAUCUUCACUGGACAUCAGUGAGAAAGAGAAAGACCGCUAUUUCAGUCUCUCGGAUAAAGAUGCCCACUCUAAUGGCACAGAACGUCCCUCUUUGUAUAGUAGUGGCUGGCAAGAAGGAAGUGGUUCUCCACACUCUCACCUAAACCCUGAGCAAGGAGCAGGUGGAAUAAGCGGAAAAGCGUGGAGUAAGUAUCAUUACCACCCAGUCUCCCACAGGAGUGCUCAGCAGCUGCUGGCCAAGCAUGAGCAGAGGAAAGACGCCAUUAAAAAGACCAAACAUCUGCGAUUGUCACAGCCUUCCGAUGUUGGUCAUUUCAAGUCAAGCAAGCGAGAAGCACGGACCUCCGACUCUUCCGGCCAUGUUUCCCAAUCAGAAGAACAAGCACCGGUUGAUGCUGAAAUGGACUCCACUCCUGUUGGCUAUCAGUAUGGUCAAGGACCUGAUGUCACAUCCAGAAGUUUUCCAGAUGAGCUGCCCCGGAUGCGGUUCAAGUGCCCCUACUGCACCCACGUGGUGAAGCGGAAAGCAGACCUGAAGCGCCACCUGCGCUGCCACACGGGGGAAAGGCCCUACCCGUGCCAAGCUUGUGGGAAGAGAUUUAGCAGGCUGGACCAUCUGAGUAGCCAUUUUCGAACAAUCCACCAGGCCUGCAAACUAAUCUGCAGAAAAUGUAAGCGCCACGUGACUGAUGUAACAGGACACGUGGUGCAGGAAGGCACGCGGCGCUACAGGCUGUGUAACGAGUGCCUCGCGGAGGUCGGCAUCGACAGCCUCCCGGUCGAUCUGGAAGCCGAGCAGCAUCUUCUGUCCUCAUCCGAUGCAGAGAAGGAGUCCAGAUGGCGCUUGGGUGAAGACGAGAACAGAUCCUACGUGGAGAUUGUGGAGGACGGCUCGGCUGAUCUGGUCAUCCAGCAGGUUGAUGACAGUGAAGAAGAAGAAGAAAAGGAAAGAAAGCCCAACAUUAGGUAGCCAUAAGGGGAACCAGCAGAGCUUGGCAUGUGUGCAACUUCAUUGCCUCCAUGUGUCUCUUUCCAUGGUCAGAGUCUGGUUAGCAAGCUUAUUACUGACUUAAAAGGAAUGACCUGAUGUAACCUGCAUGCUUUCUGAACAGGCCAUUGUAUCCAUUCUGAGCUGUGUUGCCCUGUAAUACGUUGCUGCAUUGGAAAGAAAGACCUAGCUUGAGUUGGCAUGAUGGGUGGAUGAUUCUCCUCUUACGUUUAUUAUAAUCCUUUUACAUAUGCGGAGACACCUUUUUUCUUUUAUUAUUGGAAGAUCUACUUAGCAAACUUUUUUUCAAAGAAAAUAUUUUAAAUAAAUUUAUCAUAACUGAACUUCA